AUGCUUCAGCCCGUCGGUCACAGAAAAUCUCGUUCGUUCAUGGGAGAAUGUAUGCGGAUGAAAUCAGCUUCGCGAGGCGGGACCAUCGCUCGCUCGGAACAAGAGCGAAGGACGGCAGAUCUCUAUUUCUGCAGCGGGCCUGACGAUCCUUGGGCGGCGAAAUUGUCAUCGAAAGGCUUGGUCGUCAGUCCGCCUGUCUUCGACGCCGAAUGGAUCGCAAGGAGUCUCAAACAUGGGUCCGCUGGCUUUCCCAAGGCCAGCUUUGUCUUGGAUGGUCCGUCCUCGUAUCCCACUCUCUCUACAAAUUCGGAGGCUGAGGGAGAGUGCUCCAGGAUUUAUCCAAGUAACGAUAAGUGUUCCGGUAAGGCUCUCCGGGCUGGCGACCGGAGCCCGGCGCAGGCCAUAAAAAAAAGACGCGGACAAGAUAUAGAAUUUCCUCAGGAUUCUCAUCGGCCGUUUAAAAAAGUCUGCUUACCUGAAGACCCACUGAAUGCCCUCGACCCCUGGACUGAGACUGGGCACCGUUAUAACACUCGCCGGACUGAGGAAGACUCUCGUAGAUUAUCAGGAGACACCACACUCGUGUCAAUUGAUCCUCCUGUGAUUGAAGGCUCUGGUCACUUUCCCACCAAGCCGGCAACGUUCAAACCUCUUGUCAAGCAUAUCUCGGCGGAACCCUUGAGGCGACAUGUUAGACAUCUAGACCUGCGCAAGGAGCUUGCUAGGCGACGAACAAUCACGGGCUCUUCCAUCACCCGCAAGCAACUCAAUGCCGUCAAGAAAUGCUCUAUCACCCAACGGACGCUCCAACAAUUCGCCGCUCUCGAUUCGCCUCCGCUGACGUCCUGGGUGCAUUGCGGGAUGUUCCGGCGUUUGGGACGUCUGUAUUUGAGCCAGGCUCGAGACAUCUCGGGAAGAACUUCAGAGUACUGUAUAUCGGUGAAUCAGAAUAAGUUUUAUGCCUGCGGUCAGACCCGCAUUGUCAAGGCUCUUGUCGCAUUGCAAGACACGGUGCGCGCAAAGGACCAACUUGUACACAUAUUCGAGAGGCAGAUUGUCCAGCUCACUGCUGACUCCUCAUCCUGGCGGAAUCGCUAUGCUGCACUGAAGCACGCCUACGUGAUAACGAAGCAACGUUACGAUGCGCUACUGAAAACUGCGGAGGUAUCGGAACGGGACAACACGGCGUUGAGACAGGACGCGGCCACACAACAAGACCACUGUGUCGCCACAUUGCAGAAGGAGGAUGCGUUGGAGAUACUGCGAAAAUCUCACACCCGAUUGCAGGCGGAGAGGGCAGCUUUGCAACAGCGGCUCGCACAAAAAGAGCGGGACUUGGGUUCUGCAAACGCAUCUCUGCAAAAGGAGUACGACGCCGUAAAGCAGACUUUGGAGUCCCGGGACCGCGAGCUUCAGAGAUUGUAUUCGGCGCUCGCUGAGAGAAACCGGGAGAGGACUCUGGAGAGAGAACCAAUUCAGGUGCCGACAUUAUUCUACGCGCACUGCGAUAUCUCCCAGCGAGGCCCUCAAUGGGAGAAACAUGCGAGCAGGCGUCUCGAAGGUGAGAGCGCGCGGAUGAAUGAAGGUAUGCAAGAAAGUCGGCCAGGAUCGAAUGACUGGCAGCCGAACUCGUUCCUCGAGACGAUCUUGAACACAGUCAUUCGUCUCACUGAGAUGCUAGUCGCCCAGCAAGAGUAUGAUGAACCGAUGCAGGGCAUCGAGACUAUCGUAGAACCUACACACCCUGAAGAGCAGGAGCCCAUCGUAGAGUCAACGGUGUUGGAUAUCUCCGAAUACAAUCCUGUGGCUAGGGAGGCGACUCCUGCAGUCUCUGCGUAUGGUGAAACAUCUUCUUAUGGUGUCAUAUUCGACAUCGGUGAACCGCCUCUCAUUCAAAAUGACGGCCAUUCUCUUCUUUUCCACGAUGAAGAUGCAAACGGCUCUUCAGAGCGUGACGAGCCGACAUUGUUGAUUCCUCCAUCCAUUGAGCCAAGUCUCACGUCGACCCAGACCGUCGACAUCCCAACACCUUCGCCGUCACUAUCACACAAUGAUACCGAUUCGGAAGAGGAGUCAGAUCUAGACGGCGACGAACUCGUCAGCCAGUCAGAUGGGUCUUAUUCAGAUGGAGAGGGAUUGUAUGUUCGUCAGCAUAUCGACCGCCAGUUUGAACAUAGAGACUUUAGCAUGUCGCAGAGUCCUACCAUCAGCUCGGCGUCUCUCGCGAGCACGCUAGUUCCCCUACGAAAAUUGGAACAAUUUCCUAGGCCUGGCUUGGGAAAAGCGCAUGGAGAGAGUCAUUCAUCAGGCAGGGGAAAGCGUGGCGAAAAGAGCAAUUGGCCAGCUUCAUCUACAUCCUUUGUCAGUGUCCCUGCACCGAGGAAUGGUUUGUCCGGGAUCAAGAUCAAACUUCCUGUACAACACCUAUCUUGA